CGGCGGAGAGGACGGAGAGCCUUCGGUCUGGUGCUCGACGUCUGUGCCCUCUGCCGAGGAAUGCGACAAGCAGGAGGGAUUUUUAUUUCUUGUGUGCGCGGAGGAGUUCGGGAGUUCGAGAGCAUAUUAAAAAAGUUCUUAUCCCCCCCGAAGCCCGCAGCCGCAUCCGAAACGCGAGUACUGCAGCACGGUUAGGGUCGUUGGUGCAUCUUGGGCACGCGGACACAUCGCCGCAUCCUCGCAAUUUCUCCUCGGAUCGCAUUCGAGAAAUAUUAUUUAAAUGAAUGCAUAAAGUCAUGAGUUCUCUUCAGCAAACUGGACGAUUUCUUCCUUUUGCAAAUAGUAAUAUACAAAGAAAACAGUUAUCAAAUCAAGGAGGUUUACCACAAAGUUUAAGUGGUAGUGAUACAGAUGUUUCCACUUCGAAUGAAAAUUUAAGUAACGAAGAACGAUAUGUUAUAAGACAUACAGCUCGACAAGAACCACAAGGACAAGAAAAUCAGCAACAUAGCCCCACAAGAUCAUCGAGUCAUAAAGAAAAUAUACCCAACAUUCAGGGAAAUCUGCUAAACAGAAAUAGUCUGAAGGAAAAUAUAAAUGGCUCGAAUAGAAACAGCUUAAAAGAAAGUUUAAAUGGUUCAAAUAGAAAUAGUUUAAAAGAUAGUAUCAACGGUUCAAAUAGAAACAGUCUAAAAGAUAAUCUUAGCAAUCGUACCAGUGUUGGAUCCAACAGGAGUAGUCUUGAUGUAUCCACCAGUUCGUAUAAUACACUUAUUAUUCAUAAUGCUAAUGAAGAAAAUUCAUGGACUCCAUCAUCAAGAUUAUCUGGUGUGGUAAGGGAGCACGGUGAUAUGGGUUAUUUGUACUGUGAAAGUGGAGGCAAAGGCCAUUCAAACAGUCCUACGAUUCAAUCUUUAUCCAGUUUACCACACGAUGAUCAUUUAUAUGAACAAACAGGUAACAGUGGCUGUCAAGAGAUCACUGAUAUUCCUGACGAUUAUCUUAGUCAAUCCCAGGUCUUAAAACAUCUCGCAAAAGAGGUCAAAGUGCCUUCCUACAGCAAACUUACAAGUAAUGAUAAUAGUAUAGAUAUGAGGAUGCGAGAAGGCGAUAGAGGAAAACAAAACGAAUUCGAAGAUAGACCACCACCUAAUUAUUCAACAACUUUAUUGCCAAUGAAAAAUAAACACAGAUUACUAGGACCGACUGAAAAGUUGACAUUAUCCAGGUCUCAGCCUGAUCUAUCCAGGCUCAGUAAAACUGAUAUCGACAGUUAUGAUCCACGAACAACGUCUCCACGACCACAAACAAAGGGUAGGGAAGAGUUUGAAACGACGACUGGUGAAAUUUGGCCUACUUCAGAAAUGGUUCAGAUCCUCAUUCAAGAAAAUAGUGCUUUGAAACUUGAAUUAGAAAGGUGCUAUAAAAAAGUUGCAAAAUCACAACAAUUAGAACAAGAAAUUACAAAAGUACACCGUGCUCAUGAAGAGCUUGUUACAUCAUGCGAGCGUCGAGAAAAAUUGGAACGUGCGGCACGUCUCAGGCUACAAAGUGAUUGCAGACGUUUGACUGAACUUAAUCGUGCUCUUAGGGAUCAAAUCGAUUUGCUUUCUUCCCGCACCGAGAGCCCACUUACCGUUGAAUCAAUGAGAAAAGAACUCACACAAAAGGAGUUAUUUAUUGGGCAGCUUAUCACUCAAACCAAGGAAUUAGCGGCAGCCAAGGAACGACAAGAAAUCGAAUUAGCUGCACAACGAGCGACUUUACAAGAGCAACGUACACAUAUCGAUAUUUUAGAUACAGCUCUGACUAAUGCCCAAGGCAAUGUAGUACGUUUGGAAGAAGAAUGCCGAAAGAAGCAAGUGUACGUGGAGCGAGUGGGACAACUACAACGCGCUCUUUCUUCACUCCAAGCGUCUAGCGAUAGACGCGAAGAAACAGAGCGCCAACUGAGAGGACAACUCGAGCGCGAAUUGCGGGAGGGUGGCGGCAACGGGGCUAAUUGUUAUGACUUAUCGUCCAACGGUGAGACAAUAACUGAUCUGAAGAGGAAGCUACGCGAGCGUGAUGAGAAAAUUAUGUCGCUCGAAGGUGACGUAGCCAAAUGGGAGCAGCGCUAUCUUGAAGAAAGUGCUCUGCGCCAAGCUGCCAUAGAUGCUGCCAGCCUUCCAAAGGAUGCAAAAAUUGCUGCUCUUGAGAAAACGAGUCAAGAUGCAGAAAAAUUGAUUGCCGAAGCUCGUUCGGAAAAGAUGCGACACAUGGAUGAGGUACACGCGGCGCAAAAAAAAUUAGCAGAUCUCGAAUCCAGAAUGAAAGACUUGGAAUCGAAAUUAGCUGAAAGAGAUGCCAUGAUUCGAGUGCUUCAAAAGCACACCUAUGAUAAGGACAGCAGUAGUAGCAGCGGUGUCGGUAGUUAUCCAGCGGCUCACUCUUCACAUUCCAGCACAUCGGCAGACCAUCAUACAACUCUUACUAGUACUCCUGAACUUGUGAGUAGUGUCUUGGGUAGUAGCAGUGCUUAUGGUAGUACGGCAUCAUAUGGUGUCUCGGACAGUUAUAAAUAUAGGAAACAAGGAAGUUUUGAACAAACCAAUAAAAGUCUUGACGAUCAGCUCAAAGAACUAGAUUCACAGUUACUCAGCAAGCGGGCACUUUGCUGUUUUCCAGGAUUCUCUAAUCCAGGCGCUUCGUCGCGAAAAGGAAAAAUACCCAAGCCACUACUGGCGGGUGUAGAGUCCUCGGGCGGCUCGAGCACCGCAUCCAGCAAGAGUCGUCUCCUCGACGACUCUCCGGCGAACUCCGAGGCGGCCUCGAGCAUCCUCGAGUUCGCCGCGGCCGCGUCGCGCUUUAAAAGCCGGCUCUCGGACGGCAAACCCGAGGACAUGAUGCUGCUCGAGAAGCAGGGUCGAAGCUCCCAGCGUCAGCGCAUGCAGGAACAACCAAACCACUCGGCUACGAAUGCCACGGAGCCCCGGAGGGCCGGCAGCCUGCCCCCGAGUUCCUUGCCGCGGCCUCCGCGCUCUCUCAAGUCCCAGAACUCACGCUAUUGUCGCCUGAGCGACUCGGAGACGCGCAAGAAGUCCGAUCCGGGCCUGGAGCCCCAGCUGAAGGUAGCCGCGGCAGUGGCCGCCACUCGAGACUCGGGCAAUUGCACUCUCGAGUACGGGCGCUUCGACGGGGCAAAAGUGUUGCGACGCAAAAAGUCCUCGGAGAGUAUCGUAGGGGGCCAUAAGAAGAUGCUCGAGUACGAACGGCUGGGGGAGAAGACCGGUGGCGGCUUGGAGGUGAAGCGUCGAGAGACGCAGGCGAGGUCGCUCAUACCGCCGCCGUCGCGGAGGAUCGGCCUCGAGUACGGGAGGCUCAGCGACGGGGACGCCAAGCAGCCGCGCAAGUCCCACGAGUCCUCGACCUCAUCCUCGAGGGGCCAGAGCACCGGCAGUAUCAUGAGCACCAAGAGCGAGGUCUCCACCGCUUCCCUCCAGCCCCCACCGCCAACUAUGCUCAAGGCAAACAACAGAUCCAUCCCACGGCCGAGUAACUACAGGAUCCAGUUUUGAGGUAGCUCGAGACACUCUUGUUGCUCCUUUUCGUAUUUAAUUGCGGGGGAUGCACGUGUGGCUUGCCGCGAAGAUUUUGAAGAUUGUGCCUGAAGACUCACGAGGAGUAGCUAGAUUAUCCUCAUACCAGACAACGAACGGUUUGUGUUACUUGCAAGUGGGAUUUGCUUCCCGUGUUGGGCUUAGAAGAGAACAUUUGGUAAAAAGU